AGUGGCGGAUCAUUAAAAAAAUUAAUUAUCGGAUUAAAAACAAUUUAUUUUGUUGUGCUUGUACUUUUACGUUAUUCCAGUCGUAAUAAUGCCCCAAAAUUGUUCUCAAAUUCGUUUUAAAAUGCUUAUUGAGAUUGUUAGACUUGGCGUAACUCUAACCACCACUUGCCAACGUCAGAGUGAUGUAAUGUUGGUUGUCUAGUUGUGUUGAUUAAAUCGAAGUGAAAAAUAUGUUUAAUUAAAAUAUUAUCGCAAAUUGUAUUGGAAGAAAACAAUUACAGUUCAGAAAAUGUCUUUAUUUUGGCAAUAAUUCAAUUACGAUGAGUGAUAAAUCUCCGGAAGUCGAUACACUUAUGUCAGAGAGUGGCCCCAAUUUGGUUGAAAAACCUCAAGGGGAUUCAAAAAGUGAAAUUAAAGACCCUCCAGACGCUGUUGACAUAAACGAAAAUGAAAAAAACGGUGAAGAUUUGGAAAGCACUAACAAAGUAUUGGAGCACGCCGCACAAUUGGCCCAAAAAUUGUCUCUCUUGGAAUCGAAACUCGAAUUAGCAACGAAACAGAAGGAAUUGGCCCAGAAAGAGAAAGAAGCAAUGGUGAUCAAAUACGCAGUUAGCGAGAAGAAUUUGCUCGAAAUGAGGCAUCAAAAGGAACAAAUCGAGAAAAAAUACAAAGAACAAAUAACCGAGAAUGAAAUUAUCCAACACAAAGUCCAAGUGAUGUGCUCAGAGAAGUCCAGAAUAUGCCAAAUGCUCGAUAACAAAUGUUACGAAUUCAAGAGUUGCCAACAGGAGUUGGAACAAGCAAAAACCGACUUGAAUGCUCUGGAAACAAAGCUUAAAUGGUCCCAAAACAACCUAAAAACCGAAAUUCAGCUUCACAAAGAAACUCAAAUCCGGCUUGAGGAAGUCAAUAGGAAGUGUCAAGAGGCCUCAGAUCAGAUAGAACAAGCGAGAAAAGACGCCCAGGAGUCAAUCAAGUCGUUUCACACAUCGCAAGACAACCGAGCGCAUGUUUUGGACCAACAACUGAAGGAAUUACAAGCAAGUUUGAUCCUCCUCAAACACGAAAAAGAUGACAAGGAGCAACAAACCAAAUCACUCAAUUCCCAACUCGAGAAGCUUCAAAGCAAACAAAAAGACAUGUUGCAAGAAAACAACGAUCUCUCCCUCAAAGUGCAACAGUUGGAGCGCGAUCGCCUGGAAAGCGAGCAAAAACUGAGCGAUUUCAAGGCUUGUGCUGAUCAGCAACGCCAAGACUGCGCCGAUUUACAAGCCAAAACGGCGCUUUUGGACCAGUUGAAGCUGCAAUUGAGGAACGAACAAGACCAAAAUAGGGUUUGCAAUGACCAAAUCGGGCUUUUGAAGCAGCGAAAUGCCGAGUUGGAGGCCGAUAUUCUGGCUUGUAGGGAGCGAGAAGCCGAGUUGUUGCUCUUCACGCAACAAUUGACCGAGAAAAAUGUGAGAUUGCAGUCGGAAUUCACGGCUUUGGAGACCAAAGUGCAGCAAUUGACUUGUGAGCAGGCGAUACUCAAGCGCUCGCUUAAGGAACAGGAGACGAAAAAUGGGGUUUUUUCGGCGCAAAUGACCGAAGAAAGGGCGAAAUUAGGCGAGGAAGUUGAGGGUUUGAGACUGGAAUUGAGUGAAAGUCGGGGGUUGUGUGAGAAGUUGAGAGAGGAAGUGGGGGACCACAAAGGGGAAAAUAAAUUACUGAAACGGAAGUUUGAAUUGUCACUGAGGGAGGUGAACAAGGAGUUGCAACAGUGUCGCAAAAAACUUGAACAGUUUGAAAUGGAAAAUCAGAGUAGUAGUAGUUCCAAUUCGUCGCUAAGUGUUGGCUCACCUGCGACAGAACAAGUGAAGGUUAUCCAGCCUGAUCCCGGUUUGGACCGCCAAACCCUCAUUGAGCACAUUGUUAAAUUGCAACGAAUAAGUGCGAGGAAAUCCGAGAAACUCGAUUUUUUGGAGGAGCAUGUCAACACUUUAGUUUUAGAAUUGCAGAAGAAAUCGCGGCUUUUGCAAAGUUACAUCUUGAGAGACCAAUCCGGGACUUUAACUUCCAACACCAUGGAUAAUAAUAAGGCGAACAUCGCCAAAUUGAAUGGAGUAAUGGCAUCGGUGUAUAGCUCUCGUGUAGCUGAUGAGAAACUUACGCUGGAGUUGUCGCUUGACAUCAAUCGGAAGCUACAAGCUGUACUCGAGGAUGCCUUGCUUAAAAAUAUUACUUUGAAAGACAAUGUGGACACGUUGGGUCAGGAAAUCGAUCGAUUAAAUAGAUUGUUAAAGUCGUAACAAAGUCGUUCAUUGUAUAUAAAUCAAGUAUUAAAUUUAUUAAAUAUUAUAUUUAUUGUAUGUUUAAAAAAUAUAUCUUGUAAGCGCA